CCCCCGGAAGUGACGAUGGCCGCCCGGCCUAGCUCGCGUCCCGUCGGGCCUUGCGGCGGCGGCGGGAAGAUGGCGGCGGCGGGAGCCCUGGAACGGAGCUUCGUGGAGCUUAGCGGUGCUGAGCGCGAGAGGCCGAGACACUUUCGGGAAUUCACAGUUUGCGGCAUUGGGACUGCAAAUGCCUUGGCUGGAGCGGUGAAAUACAGUGAGAGCGCGGGAGGCUUCUACUAUAUGGAAAGUGGCAAGUUGUUCUCCGUCACCAGAAACAGGUUCAUUCAUUGGAAGACCUCUGGAGAUACAUUGGAGCUGGUGGAAGAGUCACUGGACGUAAAUCUGUUGAAUAAUACAGUCCGCCUCAAAUUCCAGAAUUGCAGCCUCUUACCUGGAGGGGUUCAUAUCUCUGAGACUCAGAAUCAUGUGAUAAUCUUGAUAUUAACCAAUCAAACAGUGCACAGAUUACUCUUACCACACCCUUCCCGGAUGUAUAGGAGUGUAAGUUGGUUAAGGGUAAUAUCCUUUAUUUCUCAGAUUACUCUGGCUGUCAGAAAUUUAAUGCUGGAGCAGUGUCCUUUGGAAAUUGAAGGAAAAUUGGAUUUGUAACCUCUCACCAAGCAUACUUUGAUAGUUACUAUUUAAAAUGAUCAGGCACAUUUUAAGUUUAAGAAAUAAUUUUUAUUGGGCGCCUGGGUGGCUCAGUUGGUUAAGCAACUGCCUUCGGCUCAGGUCAUGAUCCUGGAGUCCCAGGAUCGA